AUGAAACAGCACGUGCCAGCGAGCCGCCUCGAUGACGCCGAACUUGUGUUCAUUGCUGAAUUCGGAGAGUGUGGCGAUAUGCACUAUGAUGAGGCAAUGGCAGUCGAGUGUUUCACUCUACCAGAAUAUGAUCUGAGAAGCAGCGACCCAAUGGUAGAGGACGCUGCAAUGUUGGGAAGAGUGGAGUGUGCUGCCUUCAACUCCAAAUUUUACAUCUCCUCCUCCUCCACCUCCUCCUCCUUCUUCUUCUUCUUCUUCUUCUUAUUCUUCUUCUUUGCCACCUCCUACUUCGCCUCCGCUUCCGUAUUCCUUCUAUUGGACAUGGCUCAGGCUUCGCCUUCUGACCUCAGUGACUCCAAUAUCCGCAACGUCGCAAACACUCAGCAUCAUAUGGACUUACACGAAUCCAUUCCUCUUCCUCCCAAUGAUGCCCCUCCUCUUCAUGAAUGCUCGGCUACGAUGGAGUGCCCAGGUACGAAUGGCGACCAGCUUGCAACUACAACUCAUGUUCUCCAAUCCAAGCAGCGCCUUAUAUGA